UCUCAGCUCUGCUCACCUCGACUCUCCGGUGCUCCUCUUUUGUUGUUUAUGGUCUCCCACCUCCUCGUCUUCAGCCCUAAAUCAUCUGAAACAGGACAAAGGAGAAGAGGGUUUCUUCCUCUGUCUUCCCUCUCCUCUUGCUGCCCUGGGCCCCGAAAGAUUACCUCUCUAUCCUAAACCCACUGUCUUUUCCCCCUUUCUUCCUCUUUGCGCCUCACCGUGGAACUUCUCAAACCUGCCACCCUCUGGAGUCCUUGCAGAUGUCCGCAGCCUGGCGCUGAACCGGGCGCUUGCCAGCAGCCCAGAUGCAUUCGCGACUCCUUGUGAUGUCCUUGAUAUGUGAGGUGAUCAGGAUGGGGUCCGGCGGCAUGCAGAAGCAAAGCGCUCACAGAGAGACAUCAGAGGACUGCCGGAGCUGUCUGGAGUGUUCCCGCGACAACGGCUGCGUCCGUUGCCCCGAGAGACUCUUCCUGUUCCUGCAGAGGGAUGGGAUUUCUCACCACGGAACCUGCCUUCACGCCUGCCCGGCUGGACACUACGGCCAGAGAGGGAAGGACAUCAACCGCUGCAUGAAGUGCCGCUCUGUGGACUGCGAUCAUUGCUUCAGUCGAGACUUCUGCACCAAAUGUAAACCUGGUUUCCAGCUGCACAAAGGCAAAUGUCUGAGCCGCUGCCCAGAGGGAACCUUCGCCCAUCAAUCGGACUGCCUCGAGGACUGUCUGUUGGCUCCGCUGGGAGAAUGGAGCGCGUGGAGCGUCUGCCUCCGUGACGGCGCCACCUGUGGGUUCAGGUGGGGGAAGCAGACCAGGACCAGGGGGGGCGGCCAGAGAAUGCCUGAGGAGAAACCGGCAUCUAUCUGCCCGAAUCACAGCGAGACACAGAGGUGCCGGAUGAAGAAAAAGUGUCCCACAGAAAGAAGAAAGAAUAAAAAAGGAGGGCUUGGAAGAAAAAGGGAAAGAAAACGACUACGGCUGCUCGCCAGCGACAACGUUGGAAACUCAGCGAACGGAACAACAGACGGCGCCGACGCCGAGCACCAAGAGCCCUGAAGAAGAGACGGACCAACCACCAAACACCUAAAAAGAAAAACAGAAAUCUGUGACCAAAUCACUGCUUCCAAUUAACCCCAAACUUCACUAAAAACACACUGCCGGACACCGCAGCCUUCUUUACUGGAAGCUUAAUAAAAAUUAUGAGUAAGAAAUUCCUCUGCUGAAUGACUGACGAAUGUAACCGAUGAGUCAAAGUUCCCACCAAAGAGAGUGUCGCUAACUUGGUGUUAGCCGAUAAAUAAAUCUCCCUUCAUCAGGCCUCAAUGCAUAUUUUAGACUUGAGUGUUUAAUAGAAGUUGAAUUAAAUCAAAAAUGCCACCCAACAUCUCUGUUCCAUUCACAGAUCUCAUCCCGUUUGAUUUUCUCACCUACAACUUGCUCAGUUCCAGUGUUGAUGAAGCAGCAAUGACAUUUAUAGUUCCUCAGUCUGCUUUUCAAAAAGAUGAGCAUGAAUUAGUCAUCUUGGCAGUCAUCGAUUGUGUUUCAAAAAAAAUAAAAUAAAAUAAAAAACUACAAAACUUUCUGGAAAAUGUCAUGACAUCAAGGAAAGACAUGAUGGAGAAUUUAUAAGUGCAGAUGAGAAGACAGGAAGAAACCGACGGACAUUUUUAUCUCCUUUCCUUUCAUCGAGGUUGGCUCAGUGUCCGAUGCUAAAUGCCAACAACCACAAGAAAGGAAGUACUGAAGCAUCUUUCUUCUGUGUUUAAAGCAGGGAUGCACAUUUUAGAUUCAAACUGUUUUAGUAACUGAUAGCCAGUCAUGUUAUCAAUCAAUUAGCAAUGGAUAAUUUUAUUAAAACAAAGAUACCUGUUGCCCACUAAAUUCCCACAAUGCAGACGGUAUAGUGUAUCUGCAGCAGAGGAAGCUGCAGUUUUAGGACCAGAUCAAAGACUCUCGUACGUUGCAACAGCGCCACUUACCAACUACUAAAAUGCACAACUUCCAGUUUAACAGGUUUACGCCACCCAAAAUAUAAUGUUUUUUGUUGUUUUUCAAAGGUUUGUUAGACCCAAAAUCCAGUUUUAAAAAUUUUAUUCCACUCACAUAGCCCUUUCCAACAAACAGGCUGUAGUUUAAAAGGUUUAUUCUACAGUACUAUCUUACUAACAAGAUGUAAUUUUAAGCGUUUAUUGCACCAAAAAUUCUUUUGGUAUGGUUUUAAAGAAUUAUUCCACCUAAAAUACCAGUUUCCGUCCAAGUACUUCAAGCUUUACAGAGUCAUUCCACCCCAGUAUUACUUUUUAACGAACACGUUGUGGUUUUAGUGGUUUAUUUUACUCAAAAUACAACUUUCUGCCCAAGUAAAUGAAAGUUUUAAAGAUUUAGCCCACUCAAAAGUACUUUUUAACAAAGAAGUUAUGGUUUAAAUGGUUUAUUUUAACCAAAG